AUGGCGCCGAGGACCCACGCCCAGAUCCUGGCCCAGCAGGAGGGUGCUUUCGUCCAGGCAGAGCUCAAGCGUGUGGAACAGGCCCAGGCCGUCAUCAGGAGGGAAUUGAAGAAGAAAGAGCAGCAGCCGCAGCUGCCGGUUCGCACCGCGCAGCAGCCAUCCCGUCCAAAGACGCCCGGAUCCUUCGCCUUGACGCCUAGCGUACUCAGCAGCGCGGACGACGACGCCGAUGCCGACGACGACGACGACGCCAGCGAUACGACCCAGCUCGCCAGAUACAAGCUGGAGAACGCGUACACAGAUUCCGCAGUCACGCAGCCGGCGCCAGCACUAGCACCAUGCGCCGAGCUCGAUCCUUGCUACCCACUGCUAGACCGCAUCCGUGAGGCCUUGGACACGUCCGACAGCGGCGAGGCCCUAGGCUGCUGUAUCACGCUCAUGGGACAUCUGCGCCAGGAAAUGGUGCUGCAGGCCGUGUACCUAGAGUCGGUGGCAGCGCGCCGUGCGGUGGAUCUCUCGAAUGCGUACGGCGCAAUGGAGCGUGCUGGAUUGGCGGUUCCGACGCAGGCGGCGGAUCUCGGGGCAGAAGUCUACAGUUCGACUGAGGCGACGGAUGAUGAGGGGGAUGAAGAUGAGGAAGAUGAUGACGAUACCACAAAGGUAGUGAAAGAGUAA